AUUGUUUGGGCGUCGUGGUGAGUGGUGGUGCGUCGCUCGAGCUCCUUCCCUCCCGUCACUGGGAGACACACACACACACAGCUCAUCUCCCGCGCUGCCUCCCUCCCUACCUCCCUCUCCUGCACGCCUCACCCUAAUGUAAAUCACAACCCGAUAAUAUGAAGUGAAAAAUCAGGUGAAAAUCAGUGAAAAAAUUGAUCCAUGAUCUAAUCCAACGAAGGAUACAAUCUGCAUAUCCAAAUACUGUGAAUUAAUCCUCAGAGAGGGUGCAGGAAGGACCUCCUAGCAGGAGUGGAUUGUUGCUCCUGACGUAGCUGCACCAGGAGGGGAAAUAAUGGGGGCUGAGAGAGCAGAGAACUUCGCCCUGAGGUUGUGUGUGGUGGUCGUGGCGGUGGUGGGCGGCGCCAGUCAGCAGAUGGCCAAGAUCCGUCGUGCGGGCGGCAGCACGGAGACGUCGUCCACCCUGGGCUGGGUGGCUGGCCGAGGCACCGUCCUCCCGCCGCACGCGGUGCUGGUCACGGAGGACGACCCGGCCACCGUGUGGUGCCGCGCGGAGAAGCACAGCACCUGGAUGGCCGGGGCCAUGCACUCCGGCACCUGCACCGUGCCCUUCCUCACCACCGUGCUGCGCAUCAACGACAACUUCGAGAUCCUCGUCUCCAUCAACGGGUCGGCGCGAGUGCGCUACGAAAACUGGGACCGGUAUUUAGCGCCGCCGCACAACGCUGUGUCCGCCGAGGCUCGUCGCUUCUUGGCCGUGCGGGAGGGCGAAGACGGCUUCCCCCAGGCGGGGUUCCUGGCCCCGCGGGAGAGACGCGCCUACUUCGUCUCGGGAUCCACCGUCGAGAAGGUCGACACCGCCAAAGUUCUAGUUGAAGACGAGCCUGAACGCUACGACCUCCGGGCCGUGAACCUGGACACCAGUCGCAUGUCCAUAACGCGCGAGGAGUCCGUGCUGGCCAAGGCCAUGCUGCUCAACCCGGGCCCGUCGCGGCAGCGGGUGGUGGAGGACAGGGAGGUGGUGGUGCGCCAGCUGGCGUACUGGGGCCAGAUCAAGGGCACGUACAACGGCAAGCCCGCCCACGUGGUCUCCCCGCCGCCGGAGUCCGAGGAGAGGGACCUGAUGUGGGGCGUGCAGAACGAGCUCGACCGCGUGUACCAGGACCUCCUGGAGUACGACCUGCCCCCGGGCACGGGCGUCAGGGUCAAGAUGAUCGGCACUGUUCGUAAGACCGAGGCGCCCUACUUCGGCACCCUGACGGCCGUGUACAAGGACGGCAGCCAGACCUCUCGGGUCAUCGAGGGGCUCCACAUGGACCAGCGGCUGGUCAUGCUCCGCGCCCAGUACUCCUCGCCUUACUUCAUCCACAACAACACGGUGCUCGACAUCCCCGAGCAGACGUCAGUGCUAUUCAAAUCCACCACAACCACCACCACAACAACCACAACCACUACAACAACUUCCACCACCCCCGAGCCGCCCAAAAUGUCGAUGGUGGGACCGGAAAAGCCGCAGAGUGAUUCGCUGAGCACAACUCAGCGGGAAGUGGAGGUGAAUCUCCACGGUAGUGCUGGCCCCUUGUGCCCCGCCCUGGCCCUGAUCCUGGCCUUGGCCCUGGCCACCCUCUCUGCUGCCAGCCCUUGAGUCAUCUUGUAUACCAAGCUCCUCACUUCAUUGCAUUUUCCUUUUGCCUCGGAAAUUUCGCAGGAAAUGUCGGCAAGAAAUUGUCUGGGAGAGCAACAGGGACGCUUACAGUCCUCUCGUGCUGUGCAUUUUUAGAACUACAGAAGAAAAUCAGAAGUACUUAUUUACAUUAUACAAAUAAUAUAUAUAUCUGUUGUUGACACUGUUAGGACAGUAGAAACUAGAUGUCAAUUAUGUCCAGUGUUGACCUCAGCUGUCCCUCCAGCCAAGGCCUACUAGAUAGGCCUAGGGGGCAGAAACACCCUACCAUAACCCUAGUUCCGCUGUUCUGACUGGAGAAUUCUUUAAACUAAAAAUAAUCCUGGGUUAGGCAUUUUACAAGAAGACACCGUUAAAAUGUCAUCCGCUUCCAAGACGAACGAGACUUGUCUAAGCGGGCGGAUGUAGGCUUCAGAAGUCAUUCCAUCACCUGUUGUCUGCAGCAACUACGGGCUCACCAUAGCCCGUGCUGCUUGGAACUUUUUGUUCUUAGACAGCGAAUCUUAAACAACAACAACAACUUGUCCGCAGCGCCACUCUUAUCAGCGGCUGGCCAGGAACCCGCUGGUGCUUCUCUCUUCAACAUCAGUAAUGCUCCGGCUGAUCAAACGUUCAGCUAAUAAUAAUAUUCUUAGCUAUCGUGGCGAAGUUGUACAUGCGAGUAUGAAUGUUAAAUAUAAUCUUGUGCAGAAGCCGACUCGAGUGACUGCGGUGCGUGUGUACAGCUAAACACUGUACUAGGAGGAGUGUGAGUGAGUGUAAAUAUUGAGCCUGUAUAUUGCUGAGAAUUCCCCAACCACUAGGGCAGUAGUGGCUUCCUUGUGUGUUUAUAAUCAUGAUAAUAAGCCUCCUUCACUAUGUUGCGGGUGAAGCCUAUUUAUUUCCGAGUUCUCCCCAAAACAUUGAUGCUUUCACUCUUGGUGUUUAAGACUUCUGGAGCAUCUCUCAGAAGGGUGACAGCACCCCCUCAGAAGGGUGACAGCACCCCCUCAGAAGGGUGACAGCACCCCCUCAGAAGGGUGACAGCACCCCCUCAGAAGGGUGACAGCACCCCCUCAGAAGGGUGACAGCACCCCCUCAGAAGGGUGACAGCACCCCUCAGAAGGGUGACAGCACCCCCUCAGAAGGGUGACAGCACCCCCUCAGAAGGGUGACAGCACCCCCUCAGAAGGGUGACAGCACCCACUCAGAAGGGUGACAGCACCCCCUCAGAAGGGUGACAGCACCCCCUCAGAAGGGUGACAGCACCCCCUCAGAAGGGUGACAGCACCCCCUCAGAAGGGUGACAGCACCCCCUCAGAAGGGUGACAGCACCCCCUCAGAAGGGUGACAGCGCCCCUCAGAAGGCUGACAGCAUCAACCAACGACUUCAAGAGCAAACCUUCACAACAUUAACAACCCACUCUGCCCCCCCCCCUCCCCCUCCGUCACUUCCCACCUCCAUACACCCCUAAUAUAACCCUAUACGCUUGACCCCUCCAGGGUUGAUCUGUAGUCCCCUGCCAUGUUGUAUCUCGUACCAUGUGAACUGCCUCAGUGUUGUUGUACGUCAAGUGUCGUGCGUGUGUGAGAGUUGAGUGAGUGUGCGUGCAGCCUGGAGAGUGGAAUAUGCAGUUCUUAAGGGGGGUUCAUUCCCCGGGACUCCCCCAAGCAGGGUGUGUGUGUGUGUGGUGGACGGUGUUCUAUGUCGCUCUUGAAGACUUUGUACCUAUGUCAUGUGUAAUAAAAGGUGUGUGGGAUGUCA